UGACUGCUUUGUACCAUUUUUGUUCUACUAAAUUAGUCCGCAUGCUUGUGACGCAGAUAGAUAGCAAAGACAUUAAAGAGAAUUUUUAAUCACUUCCUAAGUUUCGUACGUCCCCGGUUGUUGAAUUGGCGUCAGAGAUAAAAUUAUAACAUCCAAAUUUGGCCUAUGAGUCCAUUGGGCCCAAUUAUUUAUCUAUGUCGAUUAGUUUUGUGCUAAUUCAGUUUCGACCAAUAAUAUUAGUUGCCAAUAAACGCCAACAAUUUCUAUAAUGACGUCUGACGUGUUAUUUAAAAAAACGGCAGUAAAACAUUCACACAAUAAGGGCAAGCCUUGUUCUUCGUUGAAAUUAUUAAUGGUGCUACAGUGGAACAGUUGUCACUCUUUCCACUCUCACCUUUCAACCCUCCUCUUCUUCACCCCUUCUAUUUUCACCCCACCUUCAAAUGACGUCAUCAUCACUCCCUCCCACCUUCAGCCAAUCACAAGCACAGCCGGCCAUCCUUAAUUUGAUUGGAUGGCGAGCUCCUGUGAAGACAGUGCACAGCGACACUGACUGGCCCAUAGCCGAAAUCAUACAAACCAAACCAGCAGCGACCUCGUCGGCCAAUGUGUCUAUCGGUCAAGGAGAGCAGAGAGACUCGUUAUUGUAUUACGUCCAUUGGAUUGAAUUCAACCGACGUUUGGACGAAUGGGUCGAUCCCAGCAGAAUAGAAUUCUCCCAACUGAAGCCCCCUCCAACGACCAAGUCGAAUAAGAAAAGCAAUCACAACGCGGCUAAUAUACUUCAUACGUCGACUAAUGUCAAAUCGGAUACUCUACUGGUGGUCACAUCUCGACCGGGAUCUCCCGAUGCGUCCGCUCCGCCCACUCCGGCGCCUAGCGUGGAGCAGCCGUUGAAGAAGAAUAACAGUGUGCCAAAUUUCAAACGGACAUCAUCUGCUGCAAGUGCAAAUGCUGCGUCCGGCCGCAAAAGGAAGAACUCCACUUCGGAAGUCGGAGGCGUCGAUGUGCCUGAAAAUGAAUUCAGUCAGGGUCACCAGCAGGAGCAGAUGGAAGUGGACGUCCAGGAGGGGUCAGCGGGAGGUCAGCAUCAGGAGGCCAACACCACCCUGUCCAGUAGAGCACCAACUCCCGAACCGGCCAUGAAGGCUCCUCGAACCUCAGGAAGUAUGGUGGUGGACAAGUCGGGCGAAGAUGUGGUGACUCGGAUGAAGAACAUCCGCACUGUGGAGUUGGGCAGGUACCGCAUCAAGCCCUGGUACUUCUCGCCCUACCCACAGGAACUCACACUCCUCCCCUGUCUCUUUCUCUGCGAGUUCUGUCUCAAGUACAUGCGUAGUCAAACAUGUCUCAAGCGCCACCGGGAAAAGUGUAAUCUGUUCCAUCCUCCGGGCUUGGAGAUCUACCGGAAGAACAACAUCUCUGUGUUCGAGAUUGACGGACGCAAAAACAAACCGUACUGUCAAAAUCUGUGUCUGUUGGCAAAACUGUUCCUGGACCACAAGACACUUUAUUACGACACCGAUCCUUUUCUUUUCUAUGUCAUGACCGAGUGCGAUAAGUAUGGGUUCCAUACUGUCGGAUACUUCUCGAAGGAGAAAGAGAGUUCUGAGGACUUCAACGUCGCGUGUAUACUCACGCUUCCUCCCUAUCAACGGUCGGGAUAUGGAAAACUGCUAAUCGAGUUCAGCUACUUACUUUCAAUCAAAGAAGGCAAAACAGGUACGCCAGAGAAACCACUUUCCGAUUUAGGUCUGUUAUCAUAUCGAAGCUACUGGACAUCGGCAAUUCUGGAACACAUCAUACCAUUAAGACCGUCGUCCUUCCCGUGUGCUAACGGGUCGGGGUCAGGUCACCAUAAUGGGGCUAGCAACUCAAACGGAGGCAGUUCGGCAAGUGAUGUCAACUGGGACACCUUUCCUGCAGUCACGAUAUCUCAGAUAAGUGACGUCACUGCCAUAAGAAGAGAAGAUGUCCUUUCGACAUUGCAGUACCACAGUCUACUGCAGUACUACAAAAAUCAGCAUGUCAUAGUGUUAAAUGAUGAUAUCAUAGCACAGCACAAGAAGAACAUGGAAAAACGGAAGGUCCGCAUAGAUCCCAAGGCACUCGUUUGGUCUCCGAAAGACUGGAGUCGCAGAGGGAAGUGGUGAUAUGGAAAGCAAAUCGAAGAAAAGCUACUUCAAAACUGAUUCUCUAAACUAAAUCUUCACAAUUCUGCUAGAAAACUAAACUCAACAUGGUGCAUUGAAUCAAAUUUGUCGUUUUCAGAUAGUUGUGUACAUAGUAAUUGAUUUGUCGUUUUCCUUUCGGUGUCAUUAGAACACGCAAAAAUGUCUUCAAAUUCAAAAUUAAACUAUUUUGUAUUA